AUGCCUCUCGUCAAAGCCACGGCCGAAGACAACGAGGACAGCAGAGUCUUGGGCUAUGACCCAUUGCUGUCGCCCCAGUUCCUCCAGAACGAAGUUCGAGCUCCUUCCCAUGCCAUCGAGACUGUCCGCUCUGGCCGAAACCAGGCCAUCGAAGUAAUCGAGCAACGCGACGACCGUCUCCUCGUCAUUGUCGGCCCUUGUUCCAUCCAUGACCCAGAUACUGCCUUAGAGUAUGCCAGAAGGUUAAAGGCGCUCUCAGAUAAGCUCAAGAAUGACCUUUGUAUCAUCAUGCGUGCGUAUCUAGAGAAGCCUCGGACAACUGUUGGCUGGAAGGGCCUCAUCAACGACCCCGAUAUUGAUGGGUCCUUCAACAUUAACAAGGGUCUGCGUGUCUCGCGAAAGCUCUACUCCGAUCUCAAUGGCAUGGGCAUUCCUAUCGCCAGCGAGAUGCUCGACACGAUCUCCCCGCAAUUUUUGGCUGACCUCAUUGCGCUGGGCGCCAUUGGCGCUCGAACCACUGAGUCACAGCUUCAUCGUGAACUUGCCUCAGGCCUUAGUUUCCCUAUUGGGUACAAGAACGGAACUGACGGCAACCUGGGUAUCGCUAUUGAUGCAAUCGGCGCCGCUGCACACCCUCAUCAUUUCCUCGGUGUUACCAAGCAAGGCCUGGCAGCAAUCACAAAAACCAGUGGUAAUGAGCACGGGUUCGUGAUUCUCCGCGGAGGCAACAAGGGAACCAAUUAUGAUGCCGAAAGCAUUGCCGUGGCCAGACAGGAGCUCCGCAAGAAAAAGCAACGAGAAAUUGUGAUGGUCGAUUGUUCACAUGGCAAUUCGAAAAAGAACCAUCUGAACCAGCCAAUCGUAGCCAAGUGUGUUGCUGACCAGCUGCGUAACGGUGAGGACGCCAUCAUCGGUGUCAUGAUCGAAUCAAACAUGUAUGAGGGCAAUCAAAAAGUUCCUCCCGAAGGUCCGUCCGGUCUGGCAAAGGGUGUCAGUAUCACAGAUGCCUGCAUCAACUGGGAGAUGACUGUCGACGUUUUGGAGGAUCUGGCCGAGGCAGUCCGUGCCCGCCGGAAGGUCCGAGCCACCAAGGCAAAUGGAGUCAACGGCUCGUCCUAA